AUGUCUGCCAGGGCCCCUCCGGCAGAGGCAGACCGCGGUCGCCAGUGGUAUCAAUUUCAACACGGCGCUGGCAACCCUGUCACCAUGUCCCCGCCAUCUUCCACCUCACGAAUGACAUCCCGCCCAACCUAUGUCCCACCUCCUGGCUUCUCUCCAGGAACGGUUGCUUCGAUGGCUCCGUUACAAAUCGACGAGACGUCCCAGUACGCAUCGACUCCAGAGCUGUCGACCGAGACAGACCUGCUCUCGAACCCGUCGAACAGCGCCAGCAUGUUCCCUUCCAACGACUACACCAUGCCUGGCGGACAGCCAUCAGCAUCCACCGCCCCCAAGGUCCGGGUCUUGAAAGCCCCCCGCGUGAGGCGCCGCACCAAGCCUGCCAAAGUCGACCGAGCCUCGAACCCGGUCAUCGACAAGCCCCUCAGUGAGCUCACGAAGCACCUCGGCCAUAUUCCGCUGAAAAACAUGCGCCAAUGGGCCCAUCGAGACACCGAAGAGCGCCUCAGGGAGGUACAAAAGAAGAACGGCAAGAUCGCUAGACCCAUGAAUUCUUUCAUGCUUUACCGAUCUGCCUAUGCCGACCGUACCAAAGAGUGGUGCUCCCAAAACAAUCACCAGGUUGUUUCCCGCGUCUCCGGACAGAGCUGGCCCAAGGAGCCGACCCAUAUCAGAGAAGAGUACGAGUUGCUUGCCCUGAUUGAGCGCGACAACCACCAAAAAGCCCACCCGAACUAUAAGUUCGCCCCCAACAAGACGCAAACACCGCCAAGGAAGAAACGUCCGCUCCAAGAUGAGGCCAGCGAAGGGGAAGAGUCAGAUCUGCGCGGCCCCAGCCAUUCAUCCCCGGCACUCCCCAACAAGAUGGCCAGGACCUCGGGCUUGAGUAGCUCGCUUACCAGCCGGGACUCGACCCCCCUAGACACGCACGACAACUUGUUGGAAGGGUACCCCGCUGGAACGUGGCAGCUAUCAGGGGGUCGGCCUUUGGUUCCGCAGGUCUUCCCGUCCACCGAAACCGGGUAUUUCAUGCCUCCCAAUCCCAACAUGAUGAGGGCCCCCGAUGAGGGUCAUCCUCCUUCAGGAGCAGGUCUGAUGACUGGCCAUUACGGCACCUCCACCAGUCUGGUCGGCAUCCCGGGCGGUGUCCACCAAGACCUUGUGCGGUCUUAUCCAAACGGCCAUGCGGUCAGCCAUAUGGAAGAGCCGCAACUCGAUCCGCAGCUCCUCAGCUCGGAUGUUGCCCCAGGCGAGCUGCGCGCAUUCAACCGCCAGAACUUUCCUUACUGGCAGGGCGGCCAGGAUCUUGGCUCGUACCUUCCUCUCGCGGGCAACCUGAGUUUCGACCACGUAAAUUAUGCCAACACCCCGGGCAUAGACGAAAACGGCGACAUCUGGGCGGGGUGUGAAGACGCGGCAUCGGAAGUCGGCAAGGACUUGGAUGGCUGGCUCCAACAGUCGACAUACCCUUCCCAGUAG